AUUCUUGAAAGGAUAAAUGCACAGGGCUCAUAAAUCCUAUGAGUAGGUUUAGGAAAUAGGCUCUGAACUACAUCUAAAGCCACAGUAACUUACAUCUAACAGUAAAGCCACUGAAAUGCCUAGUUGCUUUUGCCUUAAACAUGGGUUCAAGUGGUGAAGAUAGUGCUUCUAAUUUUUAGGGAGUGUAAACAAGGCAUAGUUUUGCUCUGAGAAAGAUCAGAUAAAGCACUGGUUUGACUGUGUGUUUAGAAUAGUCUGUGAGAAAGUUUAAAAUGUCAGACCCCAUCAGGUGGGUCUGGGUCUUCUAUAAUCUGCUGUCUACAGCACUGAAAAUGGCAUUGGUUACUGGACCUAAGUUUGAACCCUGGUUGUUUUGUGGUGUUGGAUGUCAACAUUUGCAGUGAUAUGCAACUCUGAGCAGACAGGUCGCUGUAGUACACAUUGGUCACCACUAAGAGGUUGUACACUAGGCUCCCUUGCUUACAUAAAGUACAUUUGUAAAGAAUUCAGUAAUUGGAGGGAAUGCUUGCUUUCACUUUUAACAUCAUGUGUUUUGCUUUUUCUGCUUAAAAAUAAAAACAAAGUAAUAAAGAGUUUGAAAUGGGAGCUUAGCUAGGAGGAAGGCAGUUUCUCCAUCCGUCCUAUAACCAUUGCUAUACAGCUACAUGUAACCCACUUUGAAUUGGACUUGACUGUAACUUGAUAAAUCGUGCCAAUUUAAUAUUAUGUCCUUCCCAAAUAUAAUGCCCUUCCUGGUGACAGUAUAUGGGACAAGUUGUGGUAUGUGACCAUAAACCCGUAAUGGAGGAAAGAACUCUUGUUAGUGGAGAACUUCCGCUGAUAAAUGAUUUCCUACCCUAAAGUUUUGCCACUUAUUUAUGUGCAUCAAAUUUCUGAUGGAAACAGGCAAAUGUGCUUUUGUCAGUAGUCUCUUCAGAUGAGAUGUAGUUUGUGUUAAACUGCAUUUUUACUUAUAUUUUCAUUUCGUGGAAUGUGGAUUUUAGAUUCAAGGAAGUGCAUGCUGUAAAUACUUGUUGACAUACUUUUAUUUAAAUUUAAAAGUGGUCAUUAAUUUUUUAAUGUGCACAAUGAUCUAGAUAUCCCGGAGGUUUUAUACCAGGGCAUAAUGUUGUAAAACUAGUAGGACAUCAAAGCAGUAAUGUUAAUAUUUAAAUGCAUUAUUGCAAGCUUCCAGCUCAUGCUGGCUUCCUCUCCGGUCGUACAUGGGAAGGUCUUCCAUCAACCUGCGGAUGGUCAUGGGUUUCCCCCGAGCUCUGCCUGGUUUCCACCCACCAUAAUGGUGGCUGCCGGCGUGUAAGUGAAAUAUUAUUGAGUAUGGGGUAAAACACCAAUUACAUAAAUAAAUAAAUAAUUGCAAGCUAGACAUCCACUUGGCUCAAAUAUACACAUGGUUGGAACAUUCUAAACAAGCUUAUGUAAUAAUAGGAUAUAAUUAGGAAUGUACAUUUUGUAAAAUGUUUCUUUAUUUUUUAUUGAUAUUUUGUCAUUGAUCUAUAAAAGACAUAUUGAACUUAUUCACGAAGAAAGAUUAGUUUCAGUUUGCUGUGUAAAAAUGCACUUUCAAAAGCAUAUAACGACUAGAUAAAAUGAUACAUUUGAUGCCAACGCCUUAAAGUAUUUCUUUAAUCAUUCAAUUAUUCAAACUUCACCAAAGACUUCUUUGAUUAGCUUUAUGUGUCGGAUGGAUCAAGCAGAAUAAAGCAAAAUGUGUGACUGGAAGAGUGCUUUAGGUGAAAUCCAGUUUUGAGAUAGCCAUGUACACAGACUGCACUUGUGUCCUAGCUGUGGCAGUAUUCAAUGUUGCAUGUGAUAAUAUUCAGCGAUGGAAUGUACAGUAUGUGGAGUGUAACAUCCGUGUCCCCAUCUGAUCACAUGCAAUGUGUGUAAAUCCUGGGUUGAGUGUUAAUACAUACAAUGUGUGUGUGAACAUUGCACAUGUACAUGUACUUCUAACUGCUAUACCUGUUGAUCUGCCCGAGGGACAGAACCUGCCUGUUACAUUACUUGUAUAACGGAUACAGUCAAUCUUCUCAAUAGUCAGGCAAUGAUAACUCCCAGUGGAGGGGAGAAUCAUUAUAUGUAACUGCCAUUGAAGCGUCAGCUGGGUGAGGAAGUUUUUUACAAAGGACCAUUUCGUUCGUUUUACAAGAGCUUAUCAGCCAUGAAAAUGGAUAUUCGUCAGCAGCUGAAUGAACAGUUAAAAUGCCUGGAUUACAAACUAGAGACUCAGUGCGCCAUGGUCCAGGAUAUCCAAGAGUACUUCAGGCGGCGAGCAGAUGUCGAGUCAGAGUACUCCAAGAACCUGGAGAAACUUGUCAAAACUACUACAGCAAGCUGUAAGGCAGAAAAACUCAGACCUGAGCAGUUCUCCACAUACACCUGUUGGCAGCACCUCCUGGACAUCACUAAGAAACAAAGCCAUGAUCAUGGGGUGCUAAGCAGCAUAUGUAACAACCAGAUGGUCCAGCGACUCAAUGACAUUGUGGACAACUCUCAGCGAAUUGUCAAAAAGUGCCGUGAAAUAGGAGCAGAGAGUCAUGAUGACAUCAUGCAAGUUCUCACCAGUCUGCAGAGUGCAAUGAGGACCUACCAUGUGUACCAGGGUGAGAGUAAGCAGGCAGAGAUGAAGCUGCAGAAUGUGAUGGGUCAGAAGCAGAAAAUAGAGCAACAGCUCGCUGGCAAAGGGGGCACAAUCCGCAAACUCAAGUCUCUGGAGAGGCAGAUAGAGAAAAAACAGGCCAAAUACAGCGAGAACAAAUUAAAAGCUCUGAAGGCACGAAAUGAUUACCUACUUAGUAUUGAAGCCGCCAAUGCGGCUAUCAACAAGUAUUUCUCAGAUGAUUUGUCAGAUCUCAUGGAUUGCAUGGACUUUGGUUACCAUAACUCGGUUGGGAGGGCCAUGCUGAUGUAUCUGUCGGUUCAUGAAGAACUGAAGAACUCUCAUCAGAUGGCCAUAGAUUUGCUCAAUAAGUGUAUCACAGACCUGGAUUCAAGGGCAGAUAAGCAGAAAUUCAUGGAGAUAAACAAUGCAGUCUUCAUGCUGCCCAGAAAAUUUGAAUUCCAACCCUGUCGUGGAGAUGAGGUAAAACAAAUAUGCGCUCAGAAAUCAGUUCAGGAGCAGCUGAUUCAAGAAUACAACGCCAUUGGGGAUAGGCAGUUACAGCUCAAGUUGGAAAACGAUGAAAUCUGGAAAACUUUGGAAACAGCUGAAAAUACCCUCAUGGACAUGAUAAAUGUUCGAGACUAUGAGGUGUCAAACUUCUUCCGCGAUGACAACAUACCCCCCAAAUCUCCUCAUGAAGCAGCCAAAAAGAGGUCCGAUAAAAUGGAAACUGAAUCAUUCUAUUUGUUGAAAUUCAAAGACUACACCCUCAGUUGCAAUCGUCUUGCCAGGUUACAGGCUAAAUGCAGUGCAAUAGCCAAAGCUCUUGGGGAGAGUAAAGUUUCCCCAACUGGGGCCAGACCACCAUCAUUACCUCCAAAUAAGCCAAAGAAACGAAGGAUAGGUAGAGCGCCAUUAGUGGGACAGCCCAAGUUAUUUGGUGGCAGCUUGGAAGAAUAUCUAGAGGCCACAGGUACAGAGAUACCACUGGUAAUGAAAAGCUGUAUAAGGAUCAUAAAUCUUUAUGGCAUGCACCAUCAAGGCAUAUUCAGGGUAUCUGGAGCACAAGUUGAGAUCAACGACUUUAGAAACAGUUUUGAAAAAGGUGAUGAUCCACUGCAUGAGAUGGUGGAUGCCAGUGACAUCAACUCUGUGGCUGGGGUUCUCAAGUUGUAUUUCAGAGAGCUCCGUGAACCUUUGUUCCCUCUCCAUCUAUUUGACGAGCUCAUAUCAUGUAGCAAACUAGAAGACAAUCAGGAGAGACUGGACAAGCUGAAGGAGUUGAUCAACACGCUUCCAAGGCCCAUCAUUGUGGUCUUACGAUACCUCUUUGCCUUUCUCAAUCAUUUGACAGAGUACAGUGAUGAGAACAUGAUGGACCCUUACAACCUAGCGAUCUGUUUUGGCCCAACAUUGCUGCCGAUUCCCCCAGAUCGUGAUCAAGUGACUUAUCAGAGCAAUGUCAAUGAAGUCAUAAAGACAAUCAUAAAGAAUCAGGACGAACUGUUUCCUCAGGAUGGUGGUGAGAAGUACGAGAAGUUCAUCCUGGAAACAAGAGAAGAGGAGGUGGAUGACCAUGAUGAGGACAACAGCUCCAUUCCUAGUGAUGAUGGUGAGUUUGUCUUUAUUUCACUUGUAAGGAUAAAUUGUAACAGCUUACAUGUCUGUCUCUAUCUCUGCUGGAAGCUAGCUAUUGCGAUUAAUGAGCACAAUAGCGUGCCACAUACAUGUAGUUAGGGUUGAGAAGAGUAUUGUCCAUGCCAGUGUGGUCAUCCUAGUGUAGUAGUAGCCAAGUCUGACAAUGUGCACAUUACUGUAAAAACCAAAAAAUCACAGUUUGGGUUCAAUAUUUUGCAAGUAGUGAAUAUGCUCAGUACACCAACUGAUGAAUCAUCAGAUCGCUAUGACUUUCGCCAUCGUCAAAAUAAAAUAUCAGAAUGGAAAAUGUAAAAAUUCUUUUGAUAUUGGUAAAGCCAUCAGUUUCUUUGU